GGGAUUCACAAAGCGAGGCUACACGGUGUCUGUGCGCGCUCGCGUUGAGUCGCUUUAUUUACCAUGAGGACUCAAAACGCUUUUAUUGUUUGGACUGCCAUGGUUCUUCAUUUAUCUGUCUUAAAAGGGCAGAGAACAGACUCAUUCACAGAUGGGACGCCGACUCUGAAUGAAGUCCUUCCUGAAUAUCAGACAACACCUAAAAGCGAUUCACAACCCGGCACUGGCGAUUUGAUUGUCUCCUCUCCCCCGACGGAUUUAUCAAGUUUUGAGGUCACAGCGAAUGUAUCUCCAUCACAGUCAUCCAGAGAUGCUGCGGUGCAGAAUGACACCUCACAUUCACAGACCACCACACUCAACAUGGACACCGCCUCGGUACCAGGUUUUUCAGUGAGCAGCACAGCACUGUCUUAUCUGAAGAGCACCAUUUCAGAUUCAGAAGCCUCCACAGCUCCAACAUCCAUCAGUCCAAGUGAAGGACAUCAGAGCGUCAAUACUUCGGCCAGCAGCGUGUCCCAGAUCACACAAACCGCUCCACCAAUCACUCCCACAUACCCACAGACAUCCCAGCUCACCCUAACCAGCAGUUUAAAGAGCACUGGACCUGGUCUCGAAGACCAGGAUGAACCAUCCGAACUGGAUGUGGGGGAUCAAGAAUCGGGGAAAGUUCAGCACCGUCCCGCUUCCCCCUUGGACCCCCUGUUGGCCGCUCUGGUCACCAUUUUCAUCAUCUGCACUGCCAUGGUUUCAGCAGUGCUCUUCCUCAGGUUUCGCCAGCGGAGCGAACAUCCAGAGUUCCACCGGCUUCAAGAUCUGCCAAUGGAUGAUCUUCUUGAAGACACACCUUUGUCCAGAUACACCUAUUAGCAAGAGUGAAUUCCACCAUUUCAGUAUUUGAUUCCUCAGGCAAUUGAUUCCUGUUGUUAUUGGUACGAUUCCGCUGACAGACGGCUUUCUCACUGAAUCUCUGAACAGGGAUUUUAAGGGUUCCUAGGAGGCCUUGAUUUUUAUGAUAUGGUUGCGUAAUGUAUGGGUUUCAUACAAUAGAAUGAAUCUUUAGUCUUAUUUUAAGGUAAAAACUGCACAGUUUCUAAAUAUAACCGGUGUUUAGUUAAGAUAAGAGACUGCUUGAUUUUUUUCUUAGUCAGGUUAGCCACCAUAUUGAAUUUAGCAUGGGGGAAAAGGAGGCUGUGAAGGAUAGAUUUUAUGCAUGUUCACAACAAAGAACCAUAACAAUUGACAUACAAAUGAAGUCAAAAUUAUUAAUAGGGAUUUUUUUUUUGUUUUUUUUAAAUAUUUCCCAAAUGAUGUUUAUAACAGAGCAAGGAAUUUUUCACAGUAAUUCUGCUAAUAUUUUUUCUUCUGGAGAAAGUCUUAUUUGUUUUAUUUCGGCUUUUAUUUGUUUCAUUAAACUACUGGCAUGCGUAUUAUAGUGCUUUUUAGUGGAUGUUGUAGAUCCAAGUGAUCGCUUUGACAAUAGUUUAUCUGUACAUGUCAGAAAUCCAAAGACAUCAUGUAAACUAUUUUCUUCAGAAAGAGGUUUUGUCAGUUCGUAUAUUGUUACAAAACAUGGUCCAAUCAGUUCUAUCCUUCCACCGCCUUCGAAUGUUAUCACUCGAUUGAAUGGGCGUUAUCAGCUGAUAGAUAUGGGCUAGUAGGGGCCUUUUGUGCCUACUGGUAGGCUCAGAAGGCUGUUAUCAUCCAUUCACAUGUUUAUUCAUCUAUACUAAUAGAGAUGACUGCAGAUCCAGAUCUGUUUUUACAUUACUGUGAUGGUUGAGGUAGGGUUAGAUGUUAACAAAAUACAAUUAAUGGGAAAUGUUAUAAAUAAUAUAAAUAAUUCUCAUUAACUUCCGGCGUCAGCCGUAUGUGAUCUGUAGCUGAUUUACCUUGUGGAUGGAUAAUAAACAGCCUUCUGAGCCUACCAGUAGGCGCAGAAUGCCCCUACUAGCCCAUAUAUAUCAGCUGAUAACCCCUGAUAACGCCCAUUCAAUCGAAUGAUAACAUAUGAAUCGGCUGAUCCUUCACACAUAGUAAGAAUAUAUUAAUAGAUGUCUAAACAUAGAUGUCUUGGCUAAAACAAGGUUUAAUUCUGGCCCUCAGUGAAAAUCUAAUCUAACAGUCCAAAAAUAGACAGGAAUGAAUGACUACACAUGUCUAAUCUGUGUAUUUGAUGACUAGUCGAUUUUUGGGCUAUUGUUAGAAGUCUAGGUGGCACGGUGGCUUAGUGGUUCGCACUGUCGCCUUACAGCAAGAAAGUUGCUGGUUCGAGUCCAGGCUGGGCCAGUUGGCAUUUCUGUGUGGAGUUUGCAUGUACUCCCUGUGUUGGCAUGGGUUUCCUCCGGGUGCUCCGGUUUCCCCCACAGUCCAAACACAUGCGCUAUAGGUGAAUUGGAAGAACUAAAUUGGCCGUAGUGUAUUAGUGUGAAUGAGUGUGUAUGGGUGUUUCCUAGUACUGGGUUGCAGCUGGAAGGGCAUCCGCUGUGUAAAACAUAUGUUGGAAUAGUUGGUGGUUUAUUUCGCUGUGGCGACCCCUGAUGAAUAAAAGGACUAAGUAGAAGGAAAAUGAAUGAAUGGAUCUAUUCUAGACGUAUUUAGACAUCUAUUACACACAAAAACUGCUCGGUGGGUGGCCAUGUCAAAAAUGAAAUAUGAAGCCAUCCUGGCUAAGGUCUUAAAAUUCACAUCAAAUACUGAAUGUAGAGUUUGUAGGUUUAGAAAAUUAGAGCAUAAUGUACUUAAGGGACUGCUUAAUAUUAUGCCAGAACUAUUUGGUUCUCCUUAACUUUUGUAGACUAUUUAAUUAUUGAAAGGUCUGAAAACUUAAAUAUCCACACAAGCUAAUUAAUUUCUUUUAUGCAGCAAACUCAGUUUGACUUAUUUGUAGUCGAAUUUAAAUUCUUAAAUCAAGAAGCAUUUUAAAGACAAGCCGAAAAAUUGUCUUGUUUUCAGAAAUAUUAAAUCAAAAUUGAAUUAGUUUUUUACUUUAAAACAAGCAAAAUAAUGUGCGAAUAGGGUACGAUAAAUAAUCUAGUUUUCGCUUUGAAAUAAGAUAAUUUUAUUUAGCCGAUUGGCUGAAUAUUUUGCUUGUUUUCAAGAAAAACGUACUUAAUUUUGACUUUUUUUUCUGAAAACAAAAUAUUUUUUUCUUGUCUAGAAAAUACUUCUUGACUCGACUGGACUGGACUAGAAACGAGACAAAAACUGUUAAGUAUUUUUUGCAAUGUAGAACCUUUUUUCCAAAAUACAUUUCAGCUCGUGAUUCAGAAAAUAAUCUCUGGUCUUUCGCACUGCUAGUGCUUUGAAAUUACAUUGCGCAAAAUAGCUUUUCCAGCUUGUUUCAAUUGUUAUUAUACGGUAUUCUAGAUUGAGUACAAAGUUGCAGUUGAGCUGAAUUGUAAUUUUGAUAUUAAUGACGUUUGACUGUCCAGAUGGCUUAUGAAGAGUAUGACGCGUAUCUUGAAAUGUGUUUUAGCAUAUUCACUUCUGUCUGCGCUGGUAUUUGUGGUAAACCUAGUGCCUACUGUACGUUGUGCCAAAACCGAUUUACGGAAAUAAGCCGAUAAAUAUAUAAUGCACAGUUGUGUUGUUGAGACAAAUCUGUAAAGAUAAGAGUUUGUAAUAAAAGAAGAAAAA